CCCAGGCCAAGCAAAAUUUUGCCAGGUCACAAACCAAACUGCCCCCAAAACGCUCUCUCUAGCAGUUGCCCUCUUCCCCGGUCGCCGGACGACGCCUUCCCGCCGCCGCCGCCGCUGCAGCGUCACAGCGAAAGACACGUCGUCCCUAGGAGGGGCAGCGCCGCCGACACCGACGCCGACGCGGGGUUGAGCCGCCACCGCCAGGAUGCGGGGUCUGACGCGGGCGGGAAAGCGCGCCAGUGAGAUGGCCUUCAACGCCGGCGGUGGAACCAUCAACUGGUUCCCUGGCCACAUGGCUGCCGCCUCACGCGCCAUCCGCGACCGCCUCAAGCUUGCCGACCUCGUCAUCGAGGUCCGCGACGCCCGCGAUUACUUUCUUGCAACUGAUGAAACUUAUGAUCAGAUUCCGUUAUCCUCAGCAAACGAAGACCUUCAGCCGGUGCUUGCAGCUAAGAGGCGUAUCCUUGCUCUAAACAAGAAAGAUCUAGCGAAUCCCAAUAUAAUGAAUAUGUGGGUUGAUCAUUUUCAAUCAUGUAAGCAAGAUUGCAUCUCAUUAAAUGCACAUAGCAGCAACUCUAUUAAUCAGCUGCUUGGGCUUGUGGAGUUGAAACUAAGGGAAGCAAUCUUGAAAGAGCCCACACUUCUUGUUAUGGUAGUUGGAGUCCCCAAUGUUGGAAAGUCUGCACUCAUUAAUUCCAUUCAUAGAAUUGCCAAUUCUAGAUUUCCAGUGAACGAUAAGAUCAAGCGGGCUACAGUUGGACCUCUGCCUGGAGUUACACAAGACAUUGCAGGAUAUAAGAUUGCAAGCCAGCUGAGCAUUUACGUGCUUGAUACACCAGGUGUUCUAGUGCCAAGCAUUCCAGACACGGAAACAGGUCUAAAGCUUGCUCUGACAGGAGCUGUCAAAGAUUCGGUGGUUGCAGAGGAGCGUAUAGCCAAAUAUUUAUUAUCUCUUCUUAAUAUUAGAAAAACUCCUCUACACUGGGGACGAUUGCUUCACAGAAGAGAAGAAUUUGAUGAAGAGCCAGAUGACAAUUGUGAAAAAGGGUCUAGUGGUUCACUGCGGAGGAGGCGGCAUUUUAACAAUUCUGAUGCCUUGUAUGUUCAGAUUAAACUAUCAGCGUAUUUUGGCAUAUUUUGUGGCUAUGCUAGCUAGAAGAUCCGGAAUCCACCGAUUCUCCAAAUCUUUGGAAUUACAUGGUUCCAGCUCUUAGCUGGAAAAAACAGAUCUCGUCUCACCACCCAUGUAGCUCCCCCCCCCCCCCGCGGCAGUGGCGGCGGGCUAGCAGCGAAGAAAAAGCAGUGGCACUCCCAGCGAGAAGGCGGUUAGCACCGUAGGGUGAGCAGCGAAGCAAAAAUCAGCGGCGUCGGCUCGCAGGGAAGAGAAGCAGGGUAGCGUGGAGGCGGAUCAAUUCGUGGCCGGCGCUCCUCAAUGGCGUUGCGAUUCCUGGGUGCCGCUCCUCAGCUGCAGCUGCUUGUGGCAGAUCAAUUCCUUGGCUGCUUGAAGCGUCAGCGGCCAGGCAGGAGCGGAGUAGCGGUGAACCUUGGCGGAGCAGCAACAGAACCUGGGAAAGAAGCAGCUAGCAGGAAGAGGAGCAGCAGCAGCAGCAGAGAGUGGGAGCGACUAGCAGAGAGAGGAGCGCCAGCAGCAUCGGCUAGCAGG